GUCCGGGCGCAGUUUUAAAACGGAGCUGACAGCCCACGUCUCGGCAUUAGAGCACCGUGCGUAACGGCGGAGGAGUACAUCCGACUCAGGCGGCCCGUGGACGCGACAUGGCUCUUUAAACCGGACGAGUGUCCUGCACUCUUUUCAAUAACGGACUUUGCCUUGGCGAAGCCCCGCGAUUUAUUAGCAAAACCCAGACGCCAAAAUGGAGUCUUACAACACUCCCUCAACUCUGUCCUUUGUGGCUCAUCUCGUGCAUCUUUACGUAUUGCCAACGUUACAUCUUCUAAAUCAAACCAGAGGAAAUGAUGGCGGCAUUGGUACCUCUCUGGAAGACUCCCCUCAACUGCCCGGUAGACCCCCUCACUCUCUCUCCCCUACUGGCUAGCCGCAGCCAAUCACAGCAGAGGAGGGGGGAGGAGUUAGAAGAUACCGAGCACUUAAUUGGUGAUGUUCUCACUGACUGGAUGACGGAAAAAGUUGAUUUCUCCUCUUACCUCCCUACCUCUCACUCCUCUCCCAGGGAGUCCCUUCCCCCCUCGCCACCUCAGCAUGACGUCCAGGUGCCCUCUGAUUUGGAGGUGAUGACCUCCUUAUUGCAAGAAGAGCUUGCUCAACUAGAGGAUUACUUCCUGUCUGAUGCGACCCCAAAGAAAGUGGAGAAAGUAGAGAAAUGUGACCAUGUAACCCCAGAAAGUGGUACCCAGUCGUACUACCCAUUGCCCUAUGCUUCAUACAGCUCUAGCCAAUCAGAAUCUACUCCACUUCUUGUUACCCUGGCAACUGGGGAACUCGACCUGCUGAGCUUUUGCGGAGGCCCUAUUGGCCGAUGCAAGACACCUAGACCUGCCCCUUACAAUUGCACUCGUCCUAACAGCAAUAAUCGUAGGAGAGUUUUGGAUGGGGUGAGGGUGGCCGAUGGAUUGGAAAAUAAUAUCUGGAAUUCCAAAGAAAAUCACUCAGGUAGCCCAGAGGAAGGUGUUAACUACUUAGGUGUGGAGGCUGAAAAGGGGGUUGGAAAAGGAUGUUGUGUUGGAAACAGAGUAAAGAUUGGCGAGUGUUCUGUACAGUUGAAAGAGGAGGAUUGUUACUACUUCCCAGGUGAUGUUGGUGGUGAAGAGAAGAUGGCUGGCGGGUAUUGUCUUGGUGCAAUAAUGGACACACCUUGCAAGAGGGAAGACCAGCUGGGCCAUGGAUUGAGAGAGGUUACUGGUAGUGAGGGUGGUGCAGAGUUGGAGACUUCACAGGGAGACAGGUGUAGUGGUGGUGCAGAGGUUCUCAGUAGAGGGGUGGAGGUGACCCAGAGUUUUCUUCAGUCCAGCAGCUCUGUGGAACCUUAUCAUGGGUUCAUGGGUCUGACAGGAGGGCAGAUGAGAUCAGGGGCAACGGAGACAGGGUGCCGCCCUAGUGGCUUCUCUGAUUUGCUUAGAGACUCCAGUCCAGAAUGCUUGCCCAAGGGAGAUGGGAAGGGGCUUUUGCCAGGGCAGGCUAGUCACAGGUCAGCUCCAGAGCUGAAGGUGGAGCCCUGCACCAUCAAGCUGGAGAUCGAAGCCGCGCCUGCGAACCCCAAUCAGGGAGAGCGUAAGCAGAAGAAGCGAGAUCAGAACAAAACAGCAGCUCAUAGGUAUCGGCAGCGCAAGAGGGCAGAGCUGGACUCCCUGGAGGAGGAGUUACAUGGGCUGGAGGUCCUGAAUCGGGAGCUGCGGGACAAGGCGGAAUCUGUGGAACGGGAGAUCCAGUACGUGAAGGACCUUCUCAUCGAGGUGUACAAGGCCCGCAGUCAGCGUCUGAAGCAAGACACAGGUGCCUGAUGCUAGGCCGCUCUGCACCAGCACAAUGGCUAAACAGCACAAGAAAAGAGAAUUUAAAUGUCAUGGAUGGCAUACUGUUGGUUAGGUAGCUAUGUUGGAUUUGUUAUGCGUUUUUAAUGUAAAAGCCUGCUUUAUUUUCUUUUCAGCACUUCAUAUGACGUGUUUAUUAGUUGCUGAAGGUAAAAGUUGACGUCUUUUAGCACUGUGAAAACGCAACUUUGCAGGUCCUUUAAAGUACAUGUCUUGUACUCUGCUGACAAUCUAGAUCUGGCAGAGAGAUUCUCUCUCGGCAUGUAUGAAAUAUUGCCUGAUUUCCAGAGCAGAGAGGAAUAAGUGAUGGUCAUGGCCUUUUCCUUGCAUUGGCCUUGUAAGUCAUUCCAACAAACUGAAUACCUUCAGACGUUCAAUUUGAAUGUGUUUGUGUGUCAUAUUGUCCAGAGUUAGGAAAGUGCAUGUAUACCAUUGAGUGGAAUAUGAAUAUGGAAAAUGCAACUGCCAUGCAAGAACAGUGAAUACUGCAAACUACUUCCAUCUACGGUCUUUGCAAACCAAGUCCAUGCAUUCAUUUCCGCAACCCAAGCACACAAUGCAUGGCUUAAAUUCAGGAGCAUGUCUGCUUGUAAUCUAAGGACUGUUUUGGUUUAGUGCAUGGAUUAAUUUUUGUUUCAUUUUUAUUUUUGUCUAAGUGGUGCUAGCGGCUGUGUGCAAGUAGAAAGGACAAGCUUUUCUCUGAGGCCUCUGACCAGCGGCCUUUCAUUGAGGGGUGUGGAGAGGGUGUCGCUCUCAUCCUGCUUUUCCAUCUGCUGUAUUUGCGAGAAAACAAUCACUUGUCCACAGUUUUCCAAGCAAUGGUGUCCCUACCUUUGUCUUUGCCAUGUAGGGCAAUCAGGGGCAUUUUGUGAAAGUUCUACAAGUAGUGUAAUUUUUUUAUUUAUUUAUUUUGGUAACAUUCCUCACUUGGGCCUUCUGCUAGCUUGAUUUUUAUUUUAUUUUUUAACUUUUUGGCCCAGUAUGUGUAGCAGUCUUUCCUGCUGUUAAUGGUUUGAGGCAACAGUUUCCAUUAUGAUUCAUUUGAAUUUCAGUUAAACCAAUUUAGCUUUCGCCAUAGUUACGGAUUCCAUACAUGGACUCUGUAUUGAUUUUAGGUGAAUAAAAAAACACUUAUUUCACAACCUAAAACUGUAGCCAAAUAAUGACAAGCAGUGGGGGAAAUGUCUUUUUUUUCCUGGAUGAAGUCAAUACUUGCUAAAGUGACAGAUUUUGAUACUACAGGAUAGUACGUGGAUUUUAUGAUACAAUUGCAAGAACACAUUUCACUAAUGAUGUAUGUAAUGGCAGGACCCUACUGAACCUUUUACCCACUAGCCGUGUGUAGUCAUCUGAAAUUGCUGAUAUGCAAUUUAUUGUAUCUUUUUGUUUUUUCUUUUUCUUACAGAAGAUUUUGCUUUUUAGUCCUACAUAUGGUACUAUGUUUAAUCAUCCUUGGCCCACUUUUUAAAUCUGAAAUUUCUAUGUAACUUCAGACAUGACCAAUGUAGAUUCUCUUUGAUUAAACGAAUAAAGUGAUUUGUGUCUCCA